UGAUUCUGCUUGGUUCUAACCAGUAAGAUCCGACAGAAGGCGGGUCCUGUCUGAAGAGGUCUGGAGCUGCCAUUUGAGGAACCUGGCGAGGGGCACUGGCCUGGUGGGAAUUGGACUCGAAAGCCGCCAGGGCUCUUCUGGUGGUGUGAUCCGAAGCCUCUCUCCUCACAGGCCUGGGCUCCUGCCCAAAAAGCAUAAUCAUGAACAUUUUGGAACUCAUGAUGAAAAGGAAAGAACUUAUUCCGUUGAUCGCAUUUGUGAGUGUUGCUGGAUUUGGAGCAAUUUCAAUGGGGUUAUAUUCCCUUUCCAAAAGUGAUGUGAUCAUUAACAAGAGAAAAAAUCCAGAACCAUGGGAAAAUGUAAAUCCUAACAAGCCUCAAAAGCUUAUCACAAUUAACCAAAAGUGGAGGCCUGUCGAAGAACUACAAAAGGUCAGGAAGUUGACCAAGUGAUAUGAAUGUCCUUGCAAAGUACACUCUCUGAAUCUAGCAGCAACAUCUCUCCACAGACUAGACUACUGGAACCAAUGUGUGGAAGUGCUUCUGCUGUAUUUUAGGAUCUCCCUGCAUUUGGGGAUUCUGAAUGAGGAAAUUCCAUUUUGCCCUAAAAGUGGAAAGCCUAACAAAAUCCACUUAAUCCAAAAAUAAAAUUCUCAAGUUUGGUGUCUUGUUUGUAAAGUUGAAUUUUAGUUCAUUAGAGUAUUCAUGAGAAAGAACUGUUGAAUGCAUUUGUACCUAUGUGUUUUUUCAUUAAAUUGAAUAUGUAAAAUGAUUUGUAAAGUAAAUUACAUUUUAUAAUAAAGUGAUAUAAUGUUAAGUUUUUUGAAAA